ACCACUCAAUCCAGGCGUAAUUCAGGAAUCAGGACUCACUCACACAUUGCUCCUUCAAGUGUGGAGCAAGCCGACAAGGAGCAGCCGUGUCGGCGACAGUCUCCACUCACUCCCCAAAAGCACGCCAAGGGACGGAGGGCAGGGAGAAAACACUUUAGAUUUCACACUCCUAAAAGUAUAGGUGUAGGAUUCAAGUUCCAGCAAAGAAAGAAGAGUUGCCAGUUAACCCCUAGGCUGGGGGUUAACGCGACGACGGCGGUGCCGACAUGGAUAAAGUUAUUAAUUGCUUGUUUGCUGCAUUAACCCUGCUGUUCUCCGCUCGAGGGGAAGUUUUUAAAGGCGAUUGUACUUUCGAGAAGCCGCUGGCAGCAUGUGGAUACAGCCAAGGUCGAGACGAUGACCUUGAGUGGGAGCAGGUCAAUACCAGAGAGAAGUCUCCAUCAGAUCCAUGGAUUCCCUCAGGGUCAGCCUUCAUGAUGGUGAACACGUCAGGACGCUUUGCAGGGCAGAAGGCCCUGCUGCUGACACCUCAGCUGAAGGAGAAUGACACCCACUGUGUCAUCUUCCACUACUAUAUAGGAGGCAGAGACAACAGCCAUCCCGGGCACCUGAAUGUCUAUAUUAAAGAAAACAACAGUCCCAUGGGGAUGCCUGUUUGGAAUGUGUCAGGUCCAGCCUCUCGCUCCUGGGGACAGGUGGAGUUGGCUAUCAGCACCUACUGGCCCAACUUCUACCAGAUUGUGUUUGAAGCCGUAACCUCAGGGCAGCGAGGCUUGCUGGCCAUCAAAGACGUUGUGGUCCAGGGCCACCAGUGCAUGAAUACUCCUCACUUCCUGACGAUAAAGGGAGUGGAAGUCAAUGCUGGACAGACCGCAUCUUUUCACUGCACCGUCAAUGGACACAAGCGGGACAACUUCCGCCUCUGGCUUCAGGGCAUGGGUGGACGGGAGGCCCCAAUGAAAGCCACUAAACCUUGGAACAACCGCCGCUUCAUCGGCACUUUCGAUGUGGAGAACACAACCAAGGGCGACUCAGGCCGCUACCGCUGCAUUGUCCACUCAGACAAAGGGGUUGGAGUGUCCAAUUAUGGUGAACUAACCAUAAAACAGCCCCCAGUGCCUAUUGCACCACCCCAGCUGACUGCUGUUGGUGCCACCUAUCUUUGGAUCCAGCUCAAUGCCAAUUCCAUCAAUGGAGAUGGUCCAAUAAUUGACAGGGAGGUGGAAUACCGCACUGUGUCAGGGACCAUGUAUGACCUGCAGCCUGUAGACAAGACCACACACAAGAUUGGCCAUCUGGAUCCAGACACUGAGUACGAGAUCAGUGUCUUGCUGACCAGACCUCUGGAGGGAGGCACUGGAGCUCCUGGACCCCCUCUGAGGGCCAGGACCAAAUGUGCUGAGCCUAUGCACGGCCCACGGAGGCUGGAAGUGGUGGACAUCCAGUCCAAACAAGUUACAAUACGCUGGGAACCUCUGGGCUACAAUGUGACCCGCUGCCACAGCUACAACCUGACCGUCCAGUACCGGUACAGAGUAGCUGGCAAGGAGGAGACGCGCGAGGAAGUGUGUUAUGACACUCAGAGUCGCGAUCCUCAGCACACUAUCCACAAUCUCACUCCAUUCACCAACCUCAGCGUCAAGCUGGUACUGCGCAACCCGGAGGGCGUCAAGGAGAGCACCGAGCUGGAAGUUCAGACUGAUGAGGAUGUGCCAGGAGCUGUUCCUCUGGAAUCCAUUCAGGGCAGUGCCUAUGAGGAGAAGAUCAUCCUGAAGUGGAGAGAACCGGUGCAGACUUAUGGCAUCAUCACUCAGUUUGAGAUCUCCUACAAGGCAGUGAGCUCCUUUGACCCUGAACUGGACCUCUCCAACCAGAGUGGGAAGGUAGUGAAACUGGGCAACGAGACCACCCACAUGUUCACAGGCCUCUACCCGGGUUCUACGUACUCCUUCACCCUGCGCGCUAGCACAGCCAAGGGCUACGGUCCCCCGGUCAUCACCCAGUUCACCACCAAGAUUUCAGCUCCCUCCAUGCCAGCAUAUGACCAGGAGACCUCUCUGAACCAGACAGACACCACAGUCACUGUACUGCUAAAACCUGCCCAGAGCAGAGGUGCCCCCGUCAGUGCGUACCAGGUGGUGGUGGAGGAGGAACGUCCACGCAGAGCACGGGGGACAGCAGAAAUCUUGCGCUGCUACCCAGUUCCCAUUCACUUCCAGAACGCCACACUUCUCAAUUCACAGUACUACUUCACUGCUCAGUUCCCCGCUGCUGGCAUCCACUCGCCCCAGCCCUUUACUGUGGGGGACAACAAAACCUACAACGGUUACUGGAAUGCCCCUCUACUGCCGCAGAAGAGCUAUAGUAUCUAUUACCAGGCUGUCAGCACAGCCAACGGGGAAACCAAAAUCGACUGUGUGCGAGUUGCCACCAAAGCCGCCAUACUCGUGACUCAACUCACAACCCCCUACAUCCGCAUCGCCCCAGCGGCCGGUGACAACCAACUAACAGGAGCAGCCACUCACAAGCCUGAUGCAGUGGAGCCAGAGAAGCAAACAGACCACACUGUAAAGAUCGCAGGGGUCAUCGCUGGUAUCCUCCUCUUCGUCAUCAUCUUCUUAGGAGUUGUGCUGCUCAUGAAGAAAAGAAGAACCUAUCACUCCUACACUUACUACCUGAAAUUGGCAAAGAAGCGUAAGGAGACACUGAACAGCACCCGCCAAGAGAUGACAGUGAUGGUCAACUCAAUGGACAAGAGCUACACAGAGCAAGGCACUAACUGUGACGAGGCAUUGUCCUUCAUGGACACACACAACCACACGCUGAACACCCGCAGCGAAUGUGCGCUCACGCUCAACGGCCGCAGCGAAUGUGCGCUCACGCUCAACGGCCGCAGCGAGUGUGCCCUCACUCUCAACGGCCGAGCUGGAUCAUCACCAUCUUCUUUUACACUUCCAAAAGCCAACACUCUCAGUACUUCAAUCCCCACCAACUCAUACUACCCAGAUCCCUUUGUGCCAACUGCUAUCUUAGUGCCCAUUAAUGAUGAGAGUCAGAACAUGGGCAGCGACACAAGCAGCUUGGUCCAGUCGCACACUCACUCCUUGAGGAAACGGGAGCCCGUUGAUGUGCCGUACCAGACAGGUCAGCUGCACCCGGCGAUCCGCGUGGCGGACCUCCUCCAGCACAUCACCCAGAUGAAGUGUGCCGAGGGCUACGGCUUCAAGGAGGAGUAUGAGAGCUUUUUUGAAGGACAGUCUGCGCCAUGGGAUUCUGCCAAGAAGGAUGAGAACCGCAUGAAGAACCGAUAUGGGAAUAUUAUUGCAUAUGAUCACUCCCGUGUCAGGCUGCAGGCCCUGGAGGGGGAACAGAGCUCCGAUUACAUUAAUGCAAAUUACGUUGAUGGUUACCACAGGCCAAAUCACUACAUCGCCACUCAGGGCCCCAUGCAAGAGACAGUAUUUGAUUUCUGGAGGAUGGUCUGGCAGGAGAACACUGCAGCUAUCGUCAUGGUGACCAACCUGGUGGAAGUGGGCAGGGUGAAGUGCUGUAAGUACUGGCCUGAUGAUACGGAGAUCUACAGAGACAUCAAGGUGACACUGAUAGAGACUGAGCUGCUGUCAGAGUACGUCAUCAGGACCUUUGCUGUAGAGAAGAGAGGGGCUCAUGAGAUCCGGGAGAUCCGACAGUUUCACUUCACAGGCUGGCCGGACCACGGUGUGCCAUAUCACGCCACGGGCCUUCUGGGGUUUAUUAGGAGAGUCAAGUCUAAGACCCUGACCAAUGCUGGGCCCAUGGUGGUUCACUGCAGCGCUGGAGCCGGUCGGACAGGCUGCUUCAUCGUCAUUGACAUCAUGCUGGACAUGGCAGAGAGAGAGGGCGUGGUGGACAUUUACAACUGCGUGAGGGAGCUGCGUUCACGGAGGGUCAACAUGGUUCAGACUGAGGAGCAGUAUGUCUUCAUCCAUGAUGCCAUUUUUGGAGGCAUGUCUCUGUGGCGACACCACCAAUUCCUGCGAGUCAGCUCCGCUCCGUCUACUACGACAUGAACCGCCUGGACCCACAGACCA